AUGAACCACCAACUUCCUUGUAAUGGUAGUCGUUGUGACAAAUGUGGCAUGUGUCGUGAUUGGCAUUUUAAUGGUGACCGAAACACGUGGAAUUGGUUCUGCAAUUGCAGAAAUGGGAAUGCGAAUGCGAAUGAUUUGACUCGCUGGCGCGGUCAUGAACACAAUUAUCGUGACGGUCAUGACCACAUCCAUCGUGACAAUCGUGAUGAUCGUGAGUGUCAUGAAUGUCGUGAUGGUCGUCAGUGUUAUGAAUGUCGUACCGGUCGUAUGUGUCGUGAGUGCCAUGACUGUCGUCACGGUCGUAUAUGUCGUGAGUGUCGCGACUGUCCUGAUUGUGGUGCCUACAAGCUUUUUACAAAAGCUGCUGGCGCUACCUGUAUUGGCUUUCGUCGUCAUUCUGGUCUUGGUAUUGGUGUUCCUGGCACUUAUCUUAAUAAUUAUGGUGAUGACGAUAUUGUUCUUGUUGCUGCUGGUAAUGAUGUUAUUGGUCGUGCUUCUUAUUUUGGUGGUGGUCAUUUAUGUAUCUGUGAGAUGCACUAA